AUGGAGUUCACAUUUAGAUGCAACAUCACAAAAUGUCGUGUUGAGCUUCAGCAUCAGGCUGUGGUUACCACAUGCAGUCACAUUUUCUGCGUCCAAUGCGCCUCCAACUCGGGUCUGGCGAACGCUGUUGGAGGCGUGCGUGUCUGUCCAGCAUGCAAAACACAGCUGAUAAACAAAGAUGAUGCUGUCAUAACCCAGCUAGAUCCAUCAGAGGAUUACAAAACCUCGGUUCUGAGUGGCUUUACGCCGACCCUGAUCAUGGAGUGUGCAGGUCGCGCUCUAAACUUCUACAACUAUCAGGCCGUUCACGAAGUAACAUACCAGGAGUUUCUAGCUCGAAGACUCACGGAGAAGGUCACAGGACUCAAGACACAGUUGGACGAAACAGUUAGCAACGCAAACGGCCAUAUCCAUAAGCUGCAAGAAGCGCUUAGAGAAUAUCAAAGUCGUAUUGCUGACAUGGAGAAUAAGAAUUUAGAGCUCCAAAAUGCGUUCAAGCAGAAGGCUAAAGCUCUUAAGGAAACUACAAGAAAGUAUGAUCUGCUAAAGAGUGAAAAGAUGGCUGCGCAAACCAUGAACGCUGCUUCGGAUGAAGCAGAACAAGUUAUCCAAAGCUUUGCGGGCGUUAAUCGCCUCUCCAAACACUACAACCCUAGCUUUGGCAAUUCUUACCGACGACCGGCCAAUGACAGCCUGGAUGGGCCUCCACAGCGCAGUUCCAUUCGUGCACUUCACUCCAUUCAGCGUCAUCCAUCGCAAACCCGUUAUUCUUGCCACAGAUACGGAGACUACGUCACGGGCACUAAUCCACUAUUUAUGACACCGCGUACUCAGCGCCAUGCAUUACAUGCUGCAGAUAUUCCGAACUGUAGUCCCCGCGCAGAUGGCCAUCGCUUGCCAUUGGGAGAUCUACCUGUUAACAGCUACAUGCGUCCGCCGAACAGCCCGUAUGGCAUAAGCGUUGGGGCCAAGGCUAGCAAACAACCUUUCCCAGCGGCCAGUGCGACACCAAAAUAA